AUGCCACAGCUGUCUGACCUGCCCGUUUCUGACAACACGCAGCUCCUUCUCGGUGUUGUGGCUUGUCUUGGGGCGAUAGCAGUGAUUUUUCGGGUUUAUCUUCCUGGGUCAAAGAGUGGCUUUCCUCUCCCACCUUCCCCUCCCAAUCGGAGACUCCUGGGACACUUCGUUCCCCCUCGCAACGCAUUUCUCACUGUAGCGAAAUGGAUCGACCAGUACGGUCCUCUGAUUACCAUUCGCACAGGGACUGAGAACAUUGUUAUUAUCGGCCGUCACAAAGCCGCGAUGGAUAUUAUGGAGAAGCACGGCGUAUUGCUAGCUGAUCGUCCACGCAUGAUUGCUGCGCAAAUGCUUACCGGCGGACUGACCAUCGCUUUUUCAUGCACUGGGGACAGGUUUCGUCGGAUGCGUAGAGCACUUCAUACGCAUCUCCAACCUAAGGCAGCUGAGACAUAUCAGCCUCUACAGAUGUCAUUCGCGAAGAACACGGUCCUUAACAUUCUUGAUGAUCCACACAACUUUCAGAACCACAUGAUAACUUAUUCUGUAACGACGAUUAUGGCAGUCACUUAUGGGAAGACCACACCCACAUCUGUGACCGAUCCCGACGUCAGAGCGGUUCGCCAGCUCCUGGAUGUAUAUCGUACAGUCCUGCGUCCUGGUGCUUACCUGGUGGAUACGAUCCCCUGGCUCAGAUACCUUCCUUGGUACGGCCAAAAAUUAAAACAAGAGUUUAAGAGCAACCGGAAACUCUUCGCCGGUCAGAUGAACCGCCUGAAACAACAAUUACAGAACAAUGUAGACGUCAGCCCUUCGUUCGGGAAAUAUUUGCUAGAAAAUGAACAUCUCUAUGGCUUGACAGAGAUGGAGAUGCAUUAUCUUUCUGGCACCUUGUUUGCAGGUGGAGUCGAUUCGUCUGCUGCGGCAAUAUCUACAGUGCUAAUGGCGGCUGCAUGUUUCCCCGAGGAGCAAGCUAAAGUUCAGGCCGAGCUUGAUGCGGUCAUUGGAAGGCAUCGAGCACCGACCUUCGUUGACCAAAAAUCCCUUCCUCUGCUGGACGCUUUCAUCUCUGAGGCUCAGAGAUGGCGACCGCUGGGCCCGAAUGGAUUUCCCCAUCGGACGACUAAGGACGUGGUUUGGGCAAGUGAAAACUAUUGCAUUCCCGCCGGGACCACGGUACUCGGCAGCCACUGGGCCAUCUCGCGAGAUCCAGAAGUCUAUCCGGAGCCUCACGCGUUCAAGCCUCAGCGUUGGAUUGACGAGCAAGGUCGUCUGAGAGACGAUCUCACAUUCUGUUUCUACGGAUUUGGUCGGCGCGUAUGCCCCGGACAACACCUCGCGGACAGAUCGGUGUUUAUAAACUCGCUCCUUGUUCUUUGGGCCUUCCAGCUCACUCUGGAUCCUACGAAACCGUUGGAUGACGUGGGGUUUAUGCAUGUGGCAAUACCAGAUGUCCCGUGCCCUAUUGAAUUUAAGUUGAGGGUUCCGGACGCAGAGCUCAGGUGCAUGAUGCAGAAUUAUCCUGAGGUCGAAUGA